AGCCAUUUAAACGGCACAAGUCCAAAACAAAGAUCACAAUAUCAGCAUAUAACGUCGCGAGUGUUACAACGACAUACAUAAACAGAGAGAGCUACUAUAAUAACUGAUCACUUUAUAGCUCUAUCUCGUGCUCAUCAAAAUGGCUCGAUUUACUGAACUAAUUUUUUUCACUAUUAUCGCGUUGGCAUUGUGCGCAGGGCUGCCGGGAAGAUACCACGGGAAUAGAAAACAGUCUGGCCAAGCAAAAUGUAUUGACAGUCUAAACAUAUCCGAUUUCAAGAUUAUUCCUUUGUACGAAAACGUCACGUUGACUUGUCCGAUCAGCUCAGCGCAUGUUUCAUUUUUAAAAAACUGUGCGAAAAUGAAAGAUGGCAGCAAGUUCGUUUCGGGCAAAUCGUUAACGAUUCGCCGCUUCACAUGGAGGAAUAACGCCUUGUACACAUGUCAAGGAACUGAUCAAACGGGAAAGCUCGUUGAGUAUUCUUGGCUUCUUCACGUAAAAUUAAAUUUACAUAAGCCCUUGACUAAAGAAAGGCCACUGGGAAGUUACAUCUUUAUAUCUUGUUCAUACAGCUAUGACGUUCUAUACCAUUCAAAUGAUCGAAAUGGCCCCAAAAAUCGAGUGCCUGUAACUCGUGUCAAAUCUUUUUUCGGUGGUAUUUAUGAAUUGCGCCAGUUAAAGUUGAAAGAUUCUGGGUUUUACUAUUGUGGCUCACGUCGAACUUUGAAACUUAUGGUUAGAGACCUUCCUAAAAUUACCGGACAGAGCAUUGUGAUUCCCGGUAAUGACGCUCAAUUAAACUGCAAGUAUGAAGGACCGCAAAGGCUAUCCUGGUAUCUCCAUAACAAACGACUGAAAAGCACAAAGCCGACUGGCAAAAAUGUUAAGCAACAUCUAAAGCUGAAUGUUAAAAAUGUCACCGCAGAAGCAAGAUAUUAUAAGUGCGUCGCCGAAUUUGAUGGAGACUAUUUACAUGGAACUGCUCAUGUCAAAGUUCAAGGCUUUGCUUUUCUACAAAAGCCCGCGAAUCUUGAUGACUACAACAUUCGAAAUAUGUUUGUGAUGUUUAAUUGCAUGACUAAUCAAGGUUCUGAUGCCACAUAUUCACUUUGGAAGAAAUCAUUAUUACUUUUCAACAAUAAUUACAAAGAGGUGAAAAUACCAAGUACAGACGACGGACUUUUUUUUAUUUAUGCGUUGCAAGACGGUGAUCAAGGGAUGUACAAAUGCAGUGCAACGUAUAAAAGUAUUACUAUUCAAUAUGAGUUUAAAGGUGGGAUUAUGUUACCAUCCAAAACAUAAGCUUUCGUACAGAGGUGAAGGAGAUAUACUUUGAAAUGUAAAUAUACGCAUAACAUUUUAUCAUAAAAAUGCAAACGAUAUAGUCCUACUACAUUAACUGAAUUCUCAAUAUAUAAUUUAGAUAAUAGAAAAUUUCACAAUUGUAUUGCGAUUUAAAAAAAAGCUUCUGAAUUGGUUGUACAUACUGCUAUAUGGGAGGGUUAAAAUCAGAGUUUUUUUCUGUUUUAUUUCUUUUGAAAUUUGCCGUCAUCACGGUUUGUAACAUCUAUAUGAAAAUGCAUCUCCACACAACUUUUCUAUUCGCCAUCGGCAGAAUUCA